UUAUGAAAAGAAAAUGCUCACGAGUCACAGAAAAUAAAGCUCCAGUUGUUGUUAAAACACAUUAACAAUUUGUGAGUAAUUUUACAUUCACAAGUCACAAAAAGGGAACUUCUUCUCACAAAACUGAUAUGAAUAUAGUAUCAAAAAGAACAAAAAAGGAAGCACCAUUUGUUUGUCAGUUAACUUAACCAAGAGCAAAAACCUGUCAUUCAAAUGAAGCUACUUUCUGCUAAAGGAAAACAAAUACUAUCGUGGGCAACCAAAUUAUUUAAGAGGGUCAGAGAACAGGAACCUGAAAUGGGCGCAAUCUCCUCUCAACUUCUUCAAAAGUUUCUCCAUACAUGACAUCUACCUCCCACUGCAUAUUAUCAUAUUUAAGAGCUUGUUAAAUUCAUCAAAUUUGAAGUUAUACAAUUAUAGUAUAUGACCAGUUGACCACCACUACUAAGAAGAAUAUACAAAUUAUAUUUCUACUCAUGAUCAUUUCUUGUGGAGGUGAAAUUGCAUGCUAUCGGGACAUGGGAGCAUCAAAUAUCUAUUUACAAUAUAUUAAGAUAGAGUGUGGAAUGUGACUUUAAAGGGAGAUUGUAUUACUGUGGAAAAUAGAAGAAAAAUACAGAAAAAUAGGAGUAAAUGCUCCUAACCAGGGUCCCAAGCUAUUUGCCGAAAAUCUGAUAUAGAAUAUCUCUUUUCCCUCUAAACUUGUUGUGUACAUGUUAAUCCUCUACUAAAGUGCGCAUAGAGCCUUAUCAUAUCCCCUUCCUAUUAUUAAUUGAGUCCGUCUUUGGAAAUCCUGCAAUUCUUAAGUCAAAAUCAAUUCUGAAGAGAAACUUACGUUUUUUAGAGUCAAAGUUGAUUUCUAGGUAAGAGAAACUGAUCAAAUGCAGAGUCCAAAAACUUAUCAAGCUCAAAUAACUUAAUCUUCAGACUUCAAUGUUAAUCAACCCAACUAAGUCAUUUCCUUCAUUCUUGCCACUGAAUGUUUGAUAAUUAUCUGAUUUUUUAAGGAAAUUUCUGCAUUUUUGUGCCAAACUUGAAAUUUGGAUUUAUCAUCAUGUCUUUUAAUUUUUUAUCACUCUUGUGCAUAAUCAUCCAUUCCAAUAAGGAAGUAAUGCCAAAAAUAAUAAAAAGGAAAGAAGAGUGAAUAAAAUGGAGUGACUUUCAUUGUCAUAGGAGAAAGCAUAAAAAAAGGUUUUUGGUUUUGGAUCUGAAUUUUGUUCUUUGAAGAACAAGCUUCAGCCUAUUGGAAGGCAAGACAGAAUGCAGACCUGGCUGUUGGGUUUCAUGUGCAAUGCAGGAAAGCUCCUUAACUUCAGCAACGUGUUCAUCUCAGGCUGAUUUAAGGGAUGAGAGUCCUCAGAAAUCAGAAUCUUCUGAUAUAAAAAGCCUGAAAUUAGAUCCAUACUAUGUACUACUCAAGGCAUUAUUGAUAAGGAUUCAGUUAGAUCCAUACUAUCAUAGUUAAGAGGCUUAAUAGUGAUGUUAGUAUAUUAGAAAUGUUAAUUUUUCUACUAUUCUCAACUCUCAAUUAUUUCGAUCACCAGAGAAAUGAGUCGAGUGAAAAUUUUCAUUCCUACCAUUAGUUGGCUACUUGGCCGUCGCCUUCCAUGUUUGGCAAUUUUUUAAUAGUGCUAGACUUAAAAAAAAAUGGUAACUUCAGCUGAAAUCCCAAACUACAUUAUUAGUGGUGGAUCCCUUGUUGACUUAUCUAGUCUAUGCAAAAUAACUCUUCUCCUUGUCAAUAUUCCUGCCUCAAACUAGACUACCACAGCAUAUCUCAACCGCAGAACCUCUUGCAUUUUAACAUAGGGAGUAAAAACUUGGAAGAUGGCUGAGGCUGUGCUUGAAGUUGUGCUUGAGAAUUUGAGCUCACUCAUUCGGAAGGAGCUUGGCCUAUUUCUGGGUUUCAGUGAAGACUUGAAAAGGCUGUCCAGCACACUCUCUGCAAUCAAGGCAACACUUGAAGAUGCUGAGGAGAAACAAUUCAUUGAUAGAGCUAUUAAGGAUUGGCUGCAAAAGCUGAAAGAUGCUGCUUACGUUCUCGAUGACAUCUUGGACGAGUGUGCAACCGAAGCAAUGGAGAUGGAGAAUGGAGGAUUUUUGUGUGGUUUAUCAGACAAGGUACAAAGCUCUUGCUUAUCCUCUUUUCAUCCCAAGCAUGUCGUUUUCUGUCAUAAUAUUGCUAAGAAAAUGAAGAGGAUAAGGGAGAGGUUAGAUGAAAUUGCUAAAGAAAGGAGUAGGUUUCAUUUAACUGAGAUAGUUACAGAAAGAAGAGAUGACUGGCGCCAAACCACCUCAAUCAUCAAUCAACUUCAAAUCUAUGGAAGAGAUGAAGAUACGGAUAAAAUUGUAGACUUUUUGGUUGGUGAUGCUUCUGGUUUUGAGGAUUUAACAGUAUAUCCAAUACUAGGUCUAGGUGGACUUGGAAAAACAACACUUGCCCAAAUUUGGGUGUGUGUUUCCGAAGAUUUCAGUUUGAAAAGAAUGGCAAAAUCUAUCAUAGAAUCAGCAACCGGGCAUCCCUGUGCAGAUCUAGAUCUAGACCCGCUGCAGCGGAAACUUAUGGAUUUACUGCAAAGAAAAAGAUAUUUGCUUGUUUUGGAUGACGUGUGGGACGAUGAACAAGAGAAUUGGCAGAGGUUGAAAUCUGUACUGAAAUGUGGAGGAAAGGGUGCUUCAAUUUUGGUCACUACUCGUCUCCCAAAAGUUGCAGUAAUCAUGGGAACAAUGCCUCCUCAUGAAUUAUCAAUGUUAUCUGAUAAUGAUUGCUGGGAAUUGUUUAAACUACGAGCAUUUGGAUCAAAUGAGGUAGAGAGGGCAGAGCUUGUGGUCAUCGGGAAGGAGAUAGUAAAGAAGUGUGGCGGAGUGCCUCUUGCAGCAAUAGCACUAGGAAGUUUGUUGCGCUUUAAAAGAGAGGAAAAAGAAUGGUUCUAUGUCAAGGAAAGCAAACUGUGGAGUUUACAAGGUGAGAAUGCUGUCAUGCCUGCCUUGAGACUUGGUUACUUGAACUUGCCUGUAAAAUUGAGACAAUGUUUUGCAUUCUGUGCAUUAUUUCCUAAAGAUGAAAGAUUAAGCAAACAAUUUCUAAUCCAUCUUUGGAUUGCUAAUGGCUUGAUUUCUUCCAAUGAAAGGUUGGAUGUUGAAGAUGUCGGAGAUGAGUUGUGGAAUGAAUUGUAUUGGAGAUCAUUUUUCCAAGAUAUUCAGACAGAUAAGUUUGGCAAAAUUACAUGUUUUAAGAUGCAUGAUCUGGUUCAUGAUCUUGCUCAAUCUGUCGCUGAGGAAGUCUUUUGCAGUGCAGAUAAUAAUGAUAUAAAUGAUGUGUCUGAAAGAAUCCUCCACCUCUCAAUUUAUGGCAAUUCAAUCCAGUUGCACCGAUUCAAAUCUUUGAAAACCUGCACAAUGGGGAAACAUUGUUAUUAUCCUAGGCAACUUUUACCAAAGAUAUUGAAAUGCCAGUCGUUGCGGGUGCUUGAGUGCAGACGACUAGUAAGUUUGUCAACUUCAAUUGGUCAUUUAAAAUAUAUAAGAUACUUAGAUAUUUCUUAUGGCAGCUUCAGAACUCUUCCAGAAUCCCUUUGUAGCCUGUGGAAUUUGCAGAUAUUGAAAUUGGACUACUGUCGUAGUCUACAAGAGUUGCCAAAUAAUUUGGUGCGCUUAAAAUCUCUUCAACAUCUAUCCUUGACGCAUUGCACCUCAUUAUGGAGCUUGCCUUAUCGGAUGGGGCUGUUGACUUGUCUUAGGACUUUAAGCAUGUAUUUUGUUGGCAAUGAAAAAGGGUUCCAUUUGGCAGAACUAGGACAACUGAACCUUAAAGGAGAGCUUCACAUUAAGCACCUAGAGCGCGUGAAAGGCAUAAUGGAUGCCAAAGAAGCCAACAUGUCUAGUAAGCACCUGAACCAUUUGCAGCUGUCAUGGGGGAGAAAUGAAGAGUCCCAAUCACAAGAAAAUGUUGAGCAGAUUCUUGAUUUGCUUCAACCUCAUACACAACAACUUCAAACUCUACUUGUGGAAGGAUAUAGAGGUGCAUGUUUCCCACAAUGGAUGUCCAGUCCUUCCCUCAGAUACUUAAAUUAUUUAAUACUCUUGGAUUGCAAAUGCUGUUUAUACCUUCCGCAGCUGGGGAAACUACCUUCUCUGAAGUAUCUAAGUAUAUCUAACACGAGUAAAGUAAUAUACUUAUACGAGGAGCCAUGUGAUGUUGGAGUUGCAGGAAUUUUCAUAGCUCUGGAAUCUCUGAAGCUGAAUGAGAUGUCAAACCUGAUAAGGUUAUCAAGGGAGGAUGGCGAGAACAUGUUCCCGCGCCUUUCAAAACUUCAAAUUAUUGGAUGUCCAAAUUUGUUGGGCUUGCCUCGCCUUCCAUCUCUCAAUCGGCUAAAGAUACAGGGGAAAUGCAACACAGAUUUACUAAGUUCAAUUCUUAAAUUCCGUAGUCUUGAACACCUAUACUUGGGAUGGAAUGAAGAGCUAACUUGCUUUCCAAAUGGGAUGCUAAGUAACCUUCCUUCUCUGAAGAUACUGGACAUUUGUAGGUACUCCAAACUUGAGGAGCUACCCCCAAAUGAAAUUGCUAACCUUGAUGCUCUUCACCAUCUGGAUAUAUACCGUUGCGACAGCCUCAAGUCAUUAACAAAUGAAGUGUUGCGAGGGUUGCAGUCUCUCAAGAAAUUAUUUAUUGCUGGUUGCCCUGAGUUCAAUCUGUCUUCAGGUUUUCAAUACCUAACUUGCCUUGAGAGUUUGGAGAUUCGUGGUAUCUCAGAAAUGAGGGGUUUACAUGAGGCUUUACAACAUAUGACUACCCUGGAAUCUUUAACAUUGUCUGAUCUUCCAAACUUAGAUUCCCUACCUGCCUCCUUGGAAAAUCUUGGCGCGCUUCGGUCAUUAAUCAUUUCUGAGUGUCCUAAGUUAAGGUGUCUUCCAAUGAGCAUUCAAUGCCUUAGCUGCCUGGAACAGCUGAGUAUUAUCGGUUGCAAAGAGUUAGGCAAGCGAUGUGACAAGGAAGCUGGCGAGGAUUGGCCAAAAAUAGCUCACAUUCAACGUGUUGAAAUACAAACCUAGGGAGUGCGCUUCAGCAUAGGACACUGCAGCAAGGGAAGAAAUGGACAUAUUCCUUUUAGAGAUUCAAAGCUAACCCGGACAUGCAGUCAUCAUUAGGAGGCAAUGCUAGAAUUGCAGUCAUCUGUACCAUGAGCCAUGCACGGAGCCAUGUUGAGCAAUCAGAAACACCCUCUUAUUAGUGAAUGUAGUGGUGUCUGAUAAAUCACUAGUCCAGAAAUUUCAGCAAAUCCAAUCAAUUAUCAAAUCACAGCUCUCCACUUCUGUUCUCUCUUCAGCUUUGUAGAUAUAUGCAACUAGAUAUUUUUGGUGUAUAUCUCUCAACCAUUUUGCGUUAAAAGGAUGCUGAAGCUUUUGUGAUAUCUCCUCUAAAGAAAUUUUAUUAGUGUAAAAAGUUUACAA